CGUGACGUCGCGCGGACGCAAGUUGCCUCGCCCGUGAGUCACGUCGAAUAUAAGCUAGCGCUCCUCAGACAAAUCUUCUGCCACUGUCCCAUUCGAAGGCAGGUGUGCGUUGCGAAGCGCACGUCCCAGGUCCCCGUCGGCCUCACAAUUAUACAAGCUCUCUUCUCUUGUACCGCUUUAAAAUUGCAGCCAUGUUGUGGACCGCAAACACCAUCAUUAGGAAAUUUUCCACAAGCUCUGCCUACUACCAAAAUAAGCUGAAACUUGCCCUAAUUGGACAGAGCUUGUUUGGACAGGAGGUGUACGCAAAUCUACGUAAACAGGGCCACAAGGUGGUGGGCGUGUUCACAGUUCCAGAUAAGGAUGGCAAGGCGGACCCUUUGGCGGUGGCGGCGGAGAAGGACGGCACGCCGGUCUUCAAGUUCCCGCGCUGGCGCGUGAAGGGCAAGCCCAUCCCGGAGGUGGUGGAUGCCUACCGGGCCGUGGGCGCCGAGCUCAACGUCAUGCCCUUCUGCUCCCAGUUCAUCCCCAUGAACGUCAUCGACCACCCCAAGCACGGCUCCAUCAUCUACCACCCCUCCAUCCUGCCCAAGCACAGAGGGGCGUCCGCCAUCAACUGGACCCUGAUAGAGGGCGACAAGAAGGCCGGUUUCUCCAUCUUCUGGGCCGACGACGGCCUGGACACGGGCCCCAUCCUGCUGCAGCGCGAAUGUCCCGUGGAGCCCAACGACACCGUUGACACAAUCUACAACCGCUUCCUCUACCCCGAGGGCAUCAAGGCCAUGGUUGAGGCCGUGAAUCUGAUUGCAGAUGGGAAGGCACCUCGUGUUGUGCAGCCCGAGGAGGGAGCAUCCUACGAAGGCAUCCAGAAGAAGUCCAACGCCAAGCUGAACCUGGCCCAGCCAGCCGAGUCCAUCCACAACUGGAUCCGCGGCCAUGACAAAGUCCCUGGAGCUUGGACCACCAUUGACGGACAGGCGGUGACGCUGUAUGGCUCGUCCAUGCUGAGUGGCUCUGUCCCCAAGGGCCAGCCCUUGGAGGUGGAGGGGGCGGCCCAGCCUGCCCUCGUCACCAGCGGGGGACUCGUCCUCUUCGGAACCGAUGGCAAAGCGGUCCAGGUGAAGAGCCUGCAGUUUGAGGAUGGCAAGAUGAUCCAGGCCUCCAAGUACUUCUCGUCCGGGGAGAGCAGCAGCGUGGAGCUGACUGACGAGGAGAAGAAGAUGGCCGAGGAGAUCCGGGCCAUCUGGAAGUCCAUCUUGAGCAACGUGCCGGCCGUCGAGGACGCCACGGAUUUCUUCAAGUCGGGGGCGGCCUCCAUGGACGUGGUCAGGCUGGUGGAGGAGAUUAAGCAGAAGUGUGGUGGCGUAGAGCUCCAGAAUGAGGACGUGUACAUGGCCACCACCUUCCAGGACUUCAUCCAGCUGUUCGUACGCCGCUUCAGAGGAGAGGACGACGAGGAGGAACUGGUCAUCGACUAUGUGAAUAAGGAGGUGAACAACAUGACGGUGAAGAUGCCUUACCAGUGUUUCAUCAACGGCCAGUUUGAGGACGCGGAGAACGGAAAGACCUGCGACACCAUCAACCCCACCGAUGGCUCGGUGAUCUGUAAGGUGGCAUACGCCUCCGUGGGUGACGUGGACAGGGCGGUGGCCGCAGCCAAGGACGCCUUCGAGGUGGGCCCAUGGGGCAAGAUGAACCCCCGUGACCGAGGAGCGCUACUCUACAGACUGGCUGAUCUGAUGGAGGAGCACCAGGAGGAGCUGGCCACCAUUGAAUCCAUGGACUCUGGCGCCGUGUACACGCUAGCCCUCAAGACACACGUGGGCAUGUCCAUCCAAACAUUUAGAUACUUCGCUGGCUGGUGUGACAAGAUUCAGGGCACAACGAUACCCAUCAAUCAGGCUAGGCCCAAUCGCAACCUGACCUUCACCAAGAAAGAGCCGCUCGGUGUGUGUGCCAUAGUCAUCCCCUGGAACUACCCCCUGAUGAUGCUGGCCUGGAAGAGCGCGGCCUGCCUAGCAGCCGGCAACACACUCGUAUUGAAGCCUGCACAGGUGACCCCUCUGACGGCGCUGAAGUUUGCCGAACUGGCUGCCAAGGCCGGCAUCCCCAAAGGUGUCAUCAACAUCGUGCCCGGCUCAGGUGGCAUGGUUGGUCAGAGAUUGUCCGAUCACCCUGACAUCCGCAAGCUGGGCUUCACUGGCUCUACUCCCAUCGGCAAACAGAUCAUGAAGAGCUGUGCGGUCAGCAACCUGAAGAAGGUGUCUCUGGAGCUGGGAGGCAAGUCCCCCCUCAUCAUCUUCAGUGACUGUGACAUGGACAAGGCUGUGCGCAUGGGUAUGAGCUCGGUGUACUUCAACAAGGGAGAGAACUGCAUCGCUGCAGGACGCCUGUUUGUAGAAGAGUCCAUCCACGACCAGUAUGUCAGCAGAGUGGUGGAGGAGAUUAAGAAGAUGAAGAUUGGCGACCCGCUGGAUCGCUCCACCGACCACGGCCCCCAGAACCACAAGGCCCAUCUGGACAAGCUGGUCGAGUACUGCGACAUUGGAGUCAAGGAGGGAGCCACGCUGGUGUGUGGCGGCCAACAGGUGCCAAGGCCAGGUUUCUUCAUGGAGCCCACGGUGUUCACUGACGUGGAGGACCACAUGUUCAUUGCCAAAGAAGAGUCAUUCGGACCCGUCAUGGUCAUCUCCAAGUUCCCGGAAGGGGACGUCGACGGUGUGCUGAGCCGAGCCAACGACACAGAGUUUGGGCUGGCGUCGGGCGUGUUCACGCGAGACAUCAACAAGGCCCUGUACGUGAGCGAGAGGCUGGAGGCCGGCACCGUCUUCAUCAACACCUACAACAAGACUGACGUGGCCUCGCCAUUUGGAGGCUUCAAGCAGUCCGGCUUUGGCAAAGACCUUGGAGAGGAGGCCCUCCAUGAAUACCUCAGGACCAAAGCGGUGACCGUGGAGUACUAAGCCCAGCGGCCUAUGUGUGUGUGUGUGCGUGAGUGUGUGGACUUUUCUGUGGGUUCUGGGGUAUCCAUGUUAUCCCCACACCACAGCUGCUAGCUGGUUAGCAACUUUGUUGGUUGACAAUAGGGAAUUAAGCUGCAGCCAAAUAAGUAGCUAACUUUAGUAAGCAACUGUGGGUUUUGGGGAACCAGACCCCUCAUCGAACUUGCUGGCAGUUCAUCUAAGCCUCUCAGUUCUGGCUCUUUUUGGCCAAUGGGCUCGGAGGUACAAGCCUAAGAGGGUGGGGGAACAGAAAAAAAGCUGAAGUCUGUGAUGACUGUUCAUGUGCCUACACCUUUUUUAAGAAGAAGAAGAAAUCAAGAAAAAGAAGAACAUUCUCUAGGGAAACACUCUUUUGCCUGUUCUGUUCAAGGAACCAUUCUCUGCUCUUUCUUUUCCUGUUCUGUCUCAUCUGAAAUCAUGCUGGAGUGAAGACCGCUUCUUCAAAAAUUGGACUCAAGACCAUUGACCCUAGAUGUCAUCAUUAUGCCAGAUAUGUUUUGUACAAAAUAUUAAUAAUAUAUAUUAAGUCAUUUUAUUAACAGAAUUCCCACACAGUGUUUAAAACAAAAAAUAUCACUUUUUAUCACUUUUGGAUUUUAAUAUUAAAUGUUAUAUUUUUAAAUACAUAUUUGAUGACACUUUAUCUAGCCACUCAAAGGCUUUUAAAUACAUCAGAUGUGUAAGAGAGGACAUCGGUAUUUUACACUUAAAACUCACAUUUAGUAGUUGUAGUGUUUUAUUUUAAAAAAAAAAAAUUCAAGUCAGUGUAAAUAUUUUAUUUUGGGAGAAGAAAUGCUGCAGUCUAGUGAAGGUUCUAUGAAGUCUCCGUAUUGUUGGAGCUGCUAUGUCUGCUAUCUUUUUAAAUCCCUUUCAGAUCAAGAGGAAAAUGGCCCUGUACAAUGUAUUGUACGAUGAAUUGCAUGUGUGUAUUGCCAUAUUUGCUUUGCCAUAUUAACAUUGUAGCAAGACUCAAUGUGAUCUGUGCCCAUAUCCUGAUGGAUUUUUUUUUUGGCAAAUCACUCAAAAAAACAACCUGUUUUAUACUUUUAUUAUGCCUACCUCUCAUUUUAAGUGGUUGAAUACACAAUGUGAUUUUCCAUAUCAAAUGUGACCAUUGAAGUGAGUGUAAAAACACACAUACAAUACAUCACUAAUUGUGGUGGUAUACUGUGAUUUCAAAAAAGGGAUUUCCUCUUGGGUACAGUAACGCACAUGCGCAAACAUGGUUGUUGGUAUGUGUGGUGACUAGAGAAAUUACUCGGACACAACCCAAGUCAUAUAUGUCAGUAUUCAUCAGCUCUGUAUGCUAAACAUUCUGGUCAUGGAUAAGUCUUCUUAAGUGAGUGCCGAAUACAUAGAAUAGAAUGGAUAUAUUUUUAUUGAACAACUUUUAUCAAACCAUUUUUAAAAACACAAUUCCUUCUAUUCCAGUUCUGUAUUUCACUGUCCUUGUUGUUAUACCUGGCCCUGUAUGUGUUAAUGUGUUUGUAAUAAAGCUACACCAGACCACAGAGACACAUGCCAUAUGUGUGAAACAUGAUGUUUUAAAAAAAGAAAGAUAUUUGGCUUUUAGAAGCAUUGCAAAGGCAGUCUUUGAUGAGAUUUCAUCCAUGGGUUCAUGACUCCUAGGCCCAUUUAUUCACUGUUACAAUUACGCCCUUAGAACAGCCUCUACUAGAAGCUUGUUGCCAACGGGAUGAUAAUGACCCAGCAGUAAAUCCAGCACUGUCACUUAA